AUGUCUACUCACCAAAUCAACCUGCUUACUUCACCUACUUUCUUACCAAAGGUGAAGGAUCAAGGGAAAUUCACUCUCCCUUGCACACUUGGGCAUAUUGAGCUUGACAAUGCCUUGGUGGAUUCUGGUGCAAGCAUCAACCUCAUCUCACUCACAAUGGCAGAAAAGAUUGGUAUUACUUGGAUCUUAGAGUUGCCAGCUCUAUUAAGAGAGAAGAAGGCAUGCUACCAGGAAAACAUACCCAGAUCAAGAGGAAGCAAAGCCGCCAGUCAAGAAGAAACCAAUGGAGUAUGUCAUAUUGGAGAUGGUACUGAACCACCUAAAGAAGUCCAUGUCAGAAUAGAACCAGGAACUCAGGAGGAAGUGGAGAAGCCACCUGAAGAACCAAGAGUGUAUGAGCCAAAGAUCCCAUACAGAAAUGUUCUUUCUCAGCCCAAGAAGGAGAAGGAGCAAGCAAAGCUCAAGGAUCUUGUUAGCCAACUUUCAGUAAGGUUACCUUUCAUUGAUGCCUGCCAGAUAAUUCCAUCUCUCAGGAAGUAUAUGAAAGCCAUACUCACAAGCAAUGUGAGUCUUGAAGAAGGAGCAAUGAUGAUUACAAAGGAGUGUAGUGCCAUACUUCAGAAUCGCAUGCCAGAGAAGCUGAACGACCCAGGAGUUUUGUUUUGUCUUGCAAGAUCGGUUCUACACACUUCCAUAGAGCACUUUGUGAUUUGGGUUCUAGUGUGA